UGCAGCGACCUGCGGUUGCUGUUUGACAGGCAGGCAAAGAGGAAGGUUCCCAUGUCUGUAACUCCUCCUAAUGAGAUGGCUGAGACUCAGGCUGACUAUGAGCGUCCUCAGAGGAGAGCAGGCGUUAAGGAGCACCGCAAUGGGAAGUCUGCUGCUAAGGAGGCAGAUGCUGCGUCUCUGAGUGAGCUGAAGCAGAGGAAUAAAAAGGAGAGACUCACUCUGGUGCUGUGGAACAGGCCUGCUCUCACUCUUCACUACUUCCUCCUGGAAAUGUUCAUCACUCUGAAGGAAUGGAUUAGGAGGCUGUGGCAGCAGAGAGGAACGGUCUUCGCUUUUCUGCUACUCCUCUUCCUCUUCUUCAUCACCUACUCCAUUGAAGGAGCACAUCAGAAGUAUGUGCGGCUGCUGGAGAAGAAGUGCCUGUGGUGCGCCUACUGGCUGGGCUUGGGCAUUCUCUCGUCCGUCGGACUCGGCACUGGCUUGCACACCUUCCUCCUUUACCUGGGUCCCCACAUAGCUUCGGUCACACUGGCUGCCUACGAGUGUGGCUCAGUGGACUUCCCCGAGCCACCCUACCCUGACCAGAUCAUCUGUCCCCAUGCAGAGUCAGGGGAAGGGGUAGGAGUGGCAGAAGGAGCUGUAAUAGGGACAGUGGCUGGAGAUGUCUCUCUCUGGGCCAUCAUCUCUAAAGUGCGUCUGGAGGCAUGUAUGUGGGGUGCAGGGACUGCUAUAGGAGAACUUCCCCCCUAUUUCAUGGCUCGGGCUGCUCGAUUAUCAGGCACAGAGCCAGAUGAUGAAGAUUACGCAGAGUUUGAGGAGAUGCUAGAACAGACUGACACUGCACAGGAUUUUGCCACCAGAGUGAAGCUUGCAGUGCAGAAAAUGGUCCAGAGAGUUGGAUUUUUCGGAAUACUUGCCUGUGCUUCCAUCCCAAAUCCACUCUUUGACCUCGCAGGAAUAACCUGUGGACAUUUCCUAGUGCCUUUUUGGAGCUUUUUUGGAGCCACACUCAUUGGCAAAGCAGUAAUAAAAAUGCACAUUCAGAAACUGUUUGUGAUCAUUACCUUCAGCAAGCAUAUAGUGGAGCAGAUGGUGUCCCUCAUCGGUGCUGUUCCCCUGUUUGGCGCCUCUCUCCAGAAACCUUUCAGAGAGUAUCUUGAGACUCAGAGGGCAAAGCUGCAUCGUGCUGGAGAGGCUGCACCAGCUGAUGAAAACUGGCUCUCCUGGCUGUUCGAGAAGGUGGUGAUCAUCAUGGUUUGCUUUUUCGUCUGCUCCAUCAUCAACUCCAUGGCUCAAAGCUAUGUCAAGCGCAUCCAGCAGAAAAAAUACUCAGAGGGCAAAAUCAAAUGAGGGAACUUUUUGUGUGUGUGUGUAAGCACACAGGUGUGUAUGUUUGUGUUUGGGGGCAUAGAGAGAAAUAGGGCGGAUAAGAGAUUUUACUCAGAGAUUUAGCAUGGACCUUUCAGCACACUUUUUGACAAAUAAGCUUACUUUAAUGAGAUUAGAAUGCAUCUUGAUAUAUUAACAUCAGCAUAGCGCAUCUGCUUAGAGCCAUUCUUAAUUUAACCUAGUUAUCUUUAGUAAGCAUAUCCAUCUAUAAUUUGUUGCCCUUUUAUGCUUUUUUGCACCGGUUGGCUACUUGUUUGUGCUUCUGUUUAAGGCCUUUUGCUGUGCUUCUUAAAGAGGUAGAUUUUCGGAGAUAUUUUGUAGUUUUAGAGACACUGUAGUAUAGUCUUUCUUUGGCAGGAAGUGAUCAUCAGUACCUUUUUAAAAGCAGCUGUGUGAACCCUCACAUCUUUAAGCAAGGCCUUAAUCUACUUCGUGCUUCAUAUUACAACGUAUCGCAGACUCUUUAACAUUAUUAGAUAUAUAAGAGCUACAGAAAUGAUUGUAGAUUUUAAGUUUGACUGAAUGCUUUUCACUUUCACUGAAGGCCUUCCAGGGAUGGAACCUUUUUGAAGAAAAAAAAAUCAGUUCUGCAUAUUUAUUGAGUACUAUUUAUGUAUUGUCUCACAGGACAUUAGAAUAUAAGAAGUAAUAUAAUGGAUAGAUGAAUGUGUAGAUCUGACUGCGCAUUUUAUUAAGAAUGUCAAGUAAGGUAUUUGGUGCUUAUUUCACUUUAUUUGACUUCUUGGAUAGUCCUUUUUAAAUAAGUUUAGACUUAAGUAAAUUUUUGAAGUAAGUAAAAUAAGUAAGUAAAAAACUACUCAGACUGUAUAAAAGCUCGGUGAAUCAUAAUGUUGCCUUUGUCUGGAGUCAUUGUUUUGUUUCCAGAGGGAGACAGAAGGAGAGCAAAUGAGUCAGACUAGGGCUGUGCAACCAGAUGCAAUAAUACACAGAAUCAGAUUAAGACAUGUGUGUCUGUGCGCGCGUUUGUGCACAUAUGUGCGUGGGUGGUUGCCUACUUACUGUUCUUGUGUAGUUGUACUUCUCGUGUAUUCUUUACAUCCUUACUGAGGUUUUCUCUGAAGUACUUCCUGACUAGAGCAGUGCUCACUUAGGCAGAACAGUGGGGUCUGGCUGAUGGGGUGUUAGUGCUUGUGCUGAUGGGACUGGGUGCUGGUAUGUCAGUAAUACAGAGGACAGUAUUAAAGGCAACAGUCCUCCUGUGCUCCACACUGUCUGUUGGCCCCACUCCUUUAGGUAAUGUCAGUGUGAUUCAUUCAGAAGUUUCUAACCCAGGCUCAACCCAUUUUAAAGAUUUGUGUGCUCGCUCAUGCCUGGUCCCGCUCCCCACAACAUGGGACACCAGUUAAAAUAGCCUUAUGUCAUUGUUUAUUUUUUGCUUUCUCCAUGGUGAGAUUGUGUUGUAUGAAAGGCUUAAUCCAUGGGCUUCUUGUCUGCCAUUUUUUUCUUUUUCUUUUUCUUUUAAUUGCUUGUGAAAUGUUUUUUUCCUUCCUCUGUGUCUUUUUGUAACGCUGCCUUGGUAUGCUAGCCUGGAAGCUUCAGGCGUAUAAAAAAUGGAACAGUGUGGAGUUUCUUUGCCGUUACCUUAACUGAACCCAGGGCUGAACUCGAUGCACUGUGCUGCUGGCAGAGAGGAUGAGGGAGAGAGAGAGAGAGGGAGCAGGAGAAGACAAGCAGGAGGCUAGACUGAGCUCAGCUAGCACACACGCUCGUCGCUGAGUGGGAAACGCAUUUUAGACCGUCGUGAGGGGACUUAUAUCAUUAUAUUAGAAAAUAAUCGAUGGUCUCCCACCCUACCUCACCACCACCUCCACCACCACCACCACCACCACCUCCUUCCUCUCUUCUUUGUCCAUGGUAAGUGUUCUUUUCUUCCCUUCAUUUUGUUCUUUUCGCGUGUGGGUCAGGCAUUUCCAUCCGUCUCUCCCAGUGUGUCAGAUAGCUUAUCAGACUGGUGUUGGCUGUUACAUUGCAUGGCGACAACAGUCUGUAGGCUGUCUGACAUUUUGGGCUCUUUCAUCCAAAAAAUGCAUCUUAUUUGUAGUCUCCCCUUGUUGGUGUUGGUGUUAUUUUUUAUUUUUCCUUACACUGCCAUUUUCUUUUAAUUUUACUGCUCUGCUAUGGCAGACGAGAGGUCUAUAUCAACUGAACAGUAUCUGGAUUAUUUAUUUUUGCAACAGGUAAAAUCUUUGCGUAAAUGAAAUAAUUGCCAUCUUUCAUUUUCUGCAUCUCUGCUCAGACCUGUACUGUUAGAAUGGUGUGUGUGCAUGCGUCUUUGUGUGCAUACCGCUGUUUGCGUGUGUGUGCGCCUGUGUGUUUCCGGGGCUUACCUCCGUCCACUUAAAUUUCUUGUGAAUCCAGAAAGAACACACCUUAUUGCAACACACACUGUUAUGACACAGUUUUGGUGUUCGGAACGCUUCCCCCUCCUUUUUGGAACCUUGCCUCUGUUGCUCAACACUUUUUUCUUUUUUUUUUGUCUCUGGGUCUCAUGACUACGUUCAUUUGUUCAUCGAUUGUUUUUGCCCAGAGUUUUUAUUUGGGUUGAGUUAAAGUCAUGGCUUGACCAAUUAAUGCUCAUUCUGUGGUCAUUAAAAUCCAGGGCGAAGCUGACUUACCUUUUGAGGGAUGACAUGUUUUUUUCCAUCGACUUGUGAUGAAGAGGCUUUUUUUGUGUUGUAAAAACUUUGGAGUGGUCUGGUUGGCUUGCAGACUCAGGGAGUAUGUUUUCCUUAAUAGUGUUCUGAACAUCCUGUUCUUAAGGGGAGCCCCCUCUUGGCAAAUGUUGCUUUUCUGUAUGACUGUAUGUAUGUGUGUGUGCUUAUAUAAGUGUAUGUGUAUUAAAACAAAUAAAUAAAGUUGUUUUGAAUUCCCA